AUGUCUGGGAGUGUUUAUUCGCCGGAGAAGGAGGCCAGCUACGUCCCCGAAAAAGAAAUCACAUCUCCGGAUUAUACACACGAUGGCCCAGUAGAUGGAGAGUUGGUUAAUGCAUCAGGACAUCGUCAGGAACUCCAGCGGAACUUUGGCCUUAUCAGUAUCUGUGCUGUGGCCGUGACCACUGGAAACACAUGGAUUGCCCAAGGUGGUAGUGUCGUUGUGGCUCUGACAAACGGUGGAAUUGCAGGAACUAUCUAUGAAUUCAUCGCUGUGUCUGUCUGCUAUUGGUUAGUCGCCGCAUCAAUUGCCGAAUUGGCAUCGGGUAUGCCCUCAGCUAGUGGUGUCUACCAUUGGGCAACUAUCACUGCGGGAAGCAAGUACGGUCGAGUGUGCGGAUUCUACGCUGGAUGGUGGAACUGUCUGGCUUGGAUUCUCGGUGCUGCAUCGAUGUCUUUGAUUCUAGCCCAGCAGACCGUGGCUAUGUAUGCGCUGAUGCAUCCCGGCUUCACACCGUCACGAUGGAACGUUUUUGUCAGCUUCCUCCUCUGCACCUGGACUUGUUGCUGCAUUGUGCUGUUCAUGAACCGCUUCCUACCUUACAUAGGAAACCUCGGCAUGUUCUUCAUUCUCGCGGGUGUGUUCGUUACCAUCGUCGUGUGUGCUGUGAUGCCUCAUGUGAACGGCUCCGGAUAUGCCACUGACAAGCUCGUGUGGGAAACAUGGGAGAAUGGAACCGGCUAUGCCCAGCAAGGGUUCGUCUUUGUAGCUGGAAUGCUCAACGGUGCUUACAGUGUUGGAACUCCUGACUGCUCGUCCCACUUGGCUGAGGAGAUCCCCAAACCGAGCCGAAAUAUCCCUAAGGCUAUCCUGGCCCAGAUGGCUGUCGGUUUCGUCACCGGUAUCUGCUAUAUGAUCGCAAUCUUCUAUGCAAUUAACGACCUCGACGCGGUGCGCGACCCGAGCACCUUCUUCCCCCUGGCUGAGAUCUAUCGCCAAGCCACUGGCUCCCACGCUGGAGCUCUGGGUCUCCUGGUUGUCGCUUUCCUACCUACCUUUAUUACUGCCUGCGGCUGUUAUAUCACCGCCGGCCGUACCCUCUGGACCAUUUCUCGGGACGGCGCAACUCCAUUUGCCGGGUGGCUUGGGCGAAUCAGCCUCAAGUUCAAGAACCCCUUCAACGCUACCCUGGCCUGCUGUGGUGUUAUCACCGUCCUGGCAUGCAUCUACCUUGGUUCGACCACCGCCUUUAGCGCCUUUGUGGGGUGCUUCGUGCAAUUGUCCAGUCUUUCGUAUUUCAUGGCCAUCUUCCCUCACAUUCUGACCCGUCGUUCGUCCUUCGUCCCUGGAUACUUUUUCAUGAACAACAAAAUUGGCUACGUCGUCAACUCCCUAGCCUGUGCUUAUAUCAUCGCCUUCGCCAUUAUCUUCUGUUUCCCUUACGCUCUACCUACUGAUGCUGCGUCAAUGAACUAUGCCAGUCUGAUGACCGGAGGUCUAUCAAUCUUCGUUACUAUCUGGUGGUUCAUCCACAAAGACUCAUAUGUGGGCCCGAAGCAUGUCCCGUUGACCGACAAAGCCCUCGCCGAUGAUGCUCGAACGGUCCUUAACAAAAGUGAUCUAUUAAGCCACGUGACUACGCGUCCCGCGCCUGUGUCGCGUCCUCCUCCCCAACACAAUCUUGAUCAAGAGAUAAAGACCAGCGCAGCUAUGGUCUUCAAACCCUUCAAGUCUCCUUUAAUUAGGAACCCUGCUGCAGUAUCCACCGAAAUUCCCGACGAACCCAGCCGUCCUACCAAAAAGCCGCGCCUCGAAGACGAACCAGCACCCAAGAAUGUGCAAUCGACACCAAUAGCCAGUCGAAAACCACUCUUACAAGCUAGCAAUAAAGGAUCAGACGGUACAUCGACCAAAGAUGAUAUAUCUGGCGAAAGAUACUUCAAUGUUCUCUGGCGCAAACCAAGCGCAAAGAAGCACAAAACAUGGGAUGGAGAUGGGAUCCUCUCCACUCGCGGAGAAUUCGUGUAUCUACGAGACAUUGCCGGGAAGGAGAUGGGACGGAAGAUGCACGAAGCCCGCCUCGAGCCGGGAACGACGCUUUCCAUAUCCGGCAAAGAGGUUGAAAUAGACUCUGAGAUGUCGCACAAGGAAUACCUCUCCGGUAGAAUGUUUCUGGAAGGCACGAAGGCAACGCCUACCUCCACGCCGGACCCGGUGCCUAAACCGAAGAAAGAAGUCCCCACCGCUCGAAAGAAGGGCGAAGUACGCAAGCCUACAGCUGCCGAGCGAACAGAGUCUCUCAAGCGCUCGCUGGCUCUAGUUACCAACCCCAAUGCGAACCCUGGGAACGCACCGGCGGCGUUUGCCGCUUACAAGGCGCCGCUUCUUGUGAAUACCGUUGUUCCCAAGGCUGCGGGGAAGGUUAUUCCGCGUCAUGACCCCAAAGCAGUUGGCGCGUUGGUUAUGCCGCGGCCGAAGUCCGUACCGAAGGGGAGGCAGGUUGUGGAUGUUGUUGUUGAUCCUAUCUUGACCAAGAACUUGCGGCCGCAUCAGCGUGAAGGUGUGCAGUUCUUGUACGAGUGUGUGAUGGGCAUGCGGUCAUUUAAUGGCGAAGGUGCAAUUCUCGCGGAUGAUAUGGGACUCGGAAAGACUUUGCAGACUAUUGCCCUGCUUUGGACUCUGCUGAAGCAGAAUCCUGUCUUUGAAGCCCCCCCUGUUAUCAAGAAGGCACUGAUUGUGUGUCCUGUCACUCUUAUCAAUAACUGGAGGAAGGAGUUCCGCAAGUGGCUUGGCAAUGAGCGCAUUGGAGUUUUUGUCUUUGAUGAUAAGAGUAAGCGUCUUACAGAUUUCACCAAGGGCCGGUCGUAUAGUAUCAUGAUUGUUGGAUAUGAGAAGCUCAGAACGGUCCAGGAAGCAUUGGCGAAUAGUUCUGGAGUCGAUAUCAUUAUCGCGGACGAAGGCCACAGACUCAAGACAUUGCAGAACAAGAGUGGUCUAGCGAUCCAGUCGCUCAGCGCCGUGAAGAGAGUCAUUCUCUCCGGCACGCCAAUCCAAAAUGAUCUGAGAGAAUUCUUUGCAGCUGUGGACCUUGUUAAUCCAGGGCUCCUGGGAAGUUUCAAGUCCUUCAUUCGAGAAUUCGAAACACCAAUCGUUCGCAGCAGACAGCCAGAAGCAACGAGAAAGGAGAUUGAGAAAGGAGAGUCCAGAGGCGAAGAGCUGCGAGAACUUACCUCCAAAUUUAUGCUCCGCCGAACAGCGGACAUUUUGGCCAAAUACCUCCCACCUAAGUCCGAAUAUGUUCUCUUCUGCAAACCAACUCGCCCUCAAGCCAACAUCUACAAAGCAGUCCUUGCCUCCUCUGUCUUCCAAAGCGCAAUGGGCAACGCCGAAAGCGCCCUGCAGCUAAUAACGAUCCUCAAAAAGCUCAGCAACAGCCCUUCUCUCCUAACAGCCAAAAACAACGACGACACCCCCAACGAAACAAUGGCCGCCCUUAUCGCCUCCAUCCCUCAACCCCUCCACCGCCAUCUAUCCCCGUCCUCCAGCGCAAAAAUCCGCGUCCUCGACCAACUUCUCGACACAAUGCGCAGCAAAACAGACGAGAAAAUAGUCCUCGUGUCAAACUACACCUCAACCCUCUCCCUCCUCGCAACUCUCCUUACCUCCCUAGGCCUCCCAUACCUCCGCCUAGACGGUAGCACACCAGCCCAGAAACGGCAAGGCCUGGUAGACGACUUCAACCGCCUCCCGGCAUCCUCCUGCUUUGCCUUUUUACUGUCUGCCAAAGCAGGCGGAACAGGCCUCAACCUGAUUGGUGCAAGCCGUCUCGUCCUUUUUGAUGUAGACUGGAAUCCUGCCACGGAUAUCCAGGCCAUGGCGCGCAUUCACCGCGACGGCCAGAAACAUCCUUGUCGCAUCUACCGAAUUCUUCUCAAGGGGAGUCUUGAGGAGAAGAUCUGGCAGAGACAGGUUACCAAGCUUGGUCUUGCAGAUAGCGUUAUGCAGGAGAAGAGUAACGGUGGUGCGCAGUUUUCAGCUGCUGAGCUGAGGGAUUUGUUCAAGCUUGACGAGGACAGGGCUUGUCAGACCCAUGAGUUGUUGGGAUGUCGGUGCGGUGGACGAGGCGUUCAAGCUGAUCCCGAGGGUUCUUCGUCUGGCACCGUGACGCCUGCUACUGUCGAUGGUGAGGGUGGAUCUGAAGUUGACGAUUUGUCGGAUCCUCCUUCUGACCUUGAUGAGGAUGUUGAUUAUGACUCGGAUGAAUCUCUACCGAAACCUCAUACUCUUGUCAAGGCUUCUGAGGUCGAUAUGGAGAAACAAGAGCAGGCUAUCCGUGACGGUACUUACCGUGCUAAAAUAGCCGGAAAGGGGAAGAAGGGUACAAAAGCGAAGGAAGGCGAGCCUAGAAGCAAGAAAGAUACGAUGCAUCAGUCUUUGGCUCAGUACGCGCAUGUUGACCCAACUCUGCUUGCGGUCAAGUCUGAUUCUAAUGCCGGGGCUGGACCUGAAGAUCUGGAGCUUGAAGCUGCCAUUGAUGAUGAUGUGUUGGUUUCUAUGCUGAAAGAUGAGUGUAACUUGAUUGGGUACGUUUUCAAGAAAACCAACGGGGCGGAAAUGAGGACUUAG